UUUUCCAUCUGCAGGUAUAUGGAUGAAGUGGUGCAGGUUUAAUGGGGUGUCCAGGUUACCUACUUUUUGAUAUUCCCUACAAGAGUGGAUGUGAUUUUUCACAUCCUACUAGCUACGAUCACGUGGCAGCAACCUUCGGAGCUGGUCUUGGAUAUGCCUGUGUGGUGGAUGUUGGUGACCAGAAGACUUCAGUGUCAUGUGUGGAGGAUGCCAUCUCUCAUCCAACUACUAGGCUGAGGCUUGACUAUGGUGGUGGUGAUGUGACUCAGGUGUUCUACUGGUUAUUAAAGAAGUGUGGCUUCCCUCACCAAGUGAACCUCAGUAAGAAACUCGAUGCAAUGCUGCUCAACAAGCUGAAACAUGAAUUCUGCCAUGUUAAUCUGAGCGGGAGGCAGCAGCAAGAAAGUGGGCACCAGUUGUGUGGCUUCAUCCUGAUGAGCACCUACCCAAGCUCGGUCAAUCACUUUCUCAGACAUGUUAGACCCAGCAUAGCAGGUAGCAAGGAGCCGCAGAGUACUGUGAAUGGAGAGACUGUCAUCUUGAUGCCAUCACUUCCUGUAGGAAAACCCAGCCAAGAGUCCUACCUUCUAGCUCCAAAUAACUUUGAAUGCUCCAACUGUGCUCUACCCAGAUUUCUGUUUGGCAAGAAGCCUGGAGGGCAUCAUACUCCUGCUGUAUAUGCAACAAUCCAUACAUGUGGCCCACCAACCCUUGGCAGAGAGAGCAGAAGCACUUCUGCUACAGAUAAUGAGUAUUCUUCCGUCAAUAAUGGAGAAACUGAAACAACAUUUUCCUUAAAUUUAUCACAUCAAAAUCUGUCAAAUGGCAGACGUAGUGUAGAGUUAAGAGAUACAAAGCCUCAGCCUCCAACAUCUACACUUACAUCUCCAACUCUUAAAGUAAAAGUAGAGUCUAAAGAUCCUCUAGUCCACUUUUCCAGCACAACAGAAAAUACAGUACUAGCACAACCAUUCCUAAGCCUCCUUGACUCUGGUCACUCUUCACCACCUCUUUUGAUAAAAGAUGACACCAAUUUUAAUAAUGUACGUAAUGAUCAAUUACAUUGGAGAGAUCCUUUAAAAAGUUUAAAUUCUUAUAAUACAAAUUUAAAUAAAGACAAUGAGAUAAGCAUCAUAGCUGCUAAUGUCUCUUUCAGUAGCAAUGAUGUCAUUACUGCUCAUACAGCCAAUUUUGAUAGUAAAACAUCUCAAUUUUUUAAGCAGUCCCCAACAGUUACAUAUAAUGGAAGUUCUAAUUACCCCAUUACUUCACAUUAUGAAACCUCCGCUACAUAUAAGCCAAUACUGCAAUACAAUAAUAUUGUAGACACAAGAAACAAUGAAAGAGUACUAUCUCAAGAGCCUAAUAAUAAAGAUGAUACUGUCCAGACUACUGUACAGGAUGAGGAAAUGAUGGCAAACACUACAGCCUCGUACCACACCAGUGAGAAGCGCCACACAUCAAAGGUUAUGACAAGUGAGAUAAUACUGUCUCAUGAGCAACAAUUUACAGUGACCUACUGGAUGUUUUAUCCCUAUAACUAUGGCAAAAAAGUAUGCACUGCUAAUCUAGGAUUCAUCUUCGGUAGGGUAUUUAAGCCACGAAUAAAUGGUGUUUGUCAUGGAGAAGAACUAACCAUGGGUAGCCACACUGGAGAUUGGGAGCAUAUUUCAAUCAAAUUCAAGGGUAGUUCACCUGUGCAGAUGUACAUAUCAACCCACACUUUUGGAGCUUACUACACUUACGAUCCUCACCACAGAAUCUUCCUCUAUGCUAGUCAAGAUGUAAGAGAAGGCAUCCAAAUGUCACCUGAGUAUCCACAGACUAUAUAUCUUGCAGGAUUUCAUCCAAUCCUGUAUGCUGCCAAAGGAUCACAUGGACUGUGGGGAGCUUCAGGUAUUCAUCGGUACAUGGCUAUUCCACUUCUUGAAGAUGAUACAGGGAUGGGACUGGAGUGGAAGACAUGGCUCAAUCUAGAUAUUAUUGACCUAGAUGUUCCAGCAACAUUAAAACCACACAGACACUGGUGGUUUUAUGAAGGACGAUGGGGCAAUCCAAGCAUCAAGUGCCAUAUACUCAUGGCUGGCUUCUGUGAACAUGUCAAUGGACCCACUGGGAUAAUACGCAAACGAGUUAACUUCCCAUGCAAUAGAACUAAUAAUAGAAAUUCAUAGAUAUGGCCUAAGAAUCAACACUGGUAUGGCUGCUGGGUGUCAUGAUUGCUUGGCAGAUACAAGAUACAGUAAUUAAAACAUCAUAACACAAUUCACAAACACUGCUAGCUUGUAGCAGGGAAAGACUGGACACAUGAAAUACGAACGCUGGGAUGGUGGGGGGAUGUCAGGGAGCGGAAGGGGAUGGCGGGAGGGCUCCCCGGCUGCUCCACAACAAGGCGGCCGCUUGAGCAAAAGAGAAUAUUUUUUCCUUCUCACAAACUGAACAAUGUUAAAUUAAUUUUACGACGUGUUACAUAAAAUUGUGCCGCAAUUCUUCAAUUGCACAAUACCCAAAUCGUGCCAAAUAAGCUUGUGCUAAAUGGCGGUCUACUGUAAAUGAAAACUGGGUUCAAUAUUUAUAAAAUACAUUUUAUAUGUGCUAUAUUAUGUUAAUUUUUAAUAACAUAUUUUUUGACAGGUCACUUAAAACUCAGCAUGGUGCCUAAAACACCAAUUCAUAUUAUUAUGUCAAAGUAUGCAAGGGAAGUCUGAGGUCCACAUUCUAUUCAACUUCUCUGGGAGGAAAUCUUGAAUGCUCACAGUACCUGAUAUAUGCCAGAGUACCACUUCACACAUGUGGUUCAACUGUUAUAUUAACAUUAACCUUCUUAAUGUCAUAUAUGAAAAUACUUUUGUUUACUAGACAUUAUUUUCAAAUCUUUAAACUGUACUAAAGAGAGUAGAAAUUUAAGACACAAUGGACAAAGAAACUGGCAUUCAAAUUCUUCAAAAAUACAAAGAACAAAUUAAUAGAAAACCAUAACUGUGCUGCAAUAAAAAAUACAACUGUU